GGGCUGUUUGUUGGAUCCGGCGGCCUGGUUAGCCGGCCCUAAAUGAAAUCCAGCCCAGUUCAGUGGGGACUCGUAUCGUACCAAACAGAAAUGAGGCAGUCGUCCAACAAGAGAAGAGAAAUCUCGCCGCCGCGCCUUAUCCUCCACUCCGUCGUCCUCCAUCCACCUUUGGCCGAGGAGGACGCAGGCGCAGCAGGUGGCGUCGUCUUCCCGGGCAAUUCGAAAAUCCGACACCACCAUCCUGAUGCAAUUCCUCUCGCUCCCCACCGCCUCCUCGCCUACUCCCAGCCCCAGGCUCUUCAAGCCCGUGGCCUCCUCGGCCUCCUUCCGCCGCCCCUCUCCACCGACGCCUCCGGCCCCAAAACCCUCGCCGCCGCCCCCGCCUCCCGCAAACCCCCUCGCCUCCAAGCUAUGGCUGACGAGCAAGCUGUCCCCACCGCCUCCUGCGCCAGCGUCGCUCGCGGAGGAGCCUGCGCCCCAGCCUCCGACGCCACCGUCGGAGCCGGAGCCGGAGCCGGAGCCGGAGCAGGAGGCGGAGGCGCUGCGACAGGAGGACUUCCGACAGAAGGGCAAGGUGUUCGUGGGGAACCUGCCGCUGUGGGCGAGGAAGCCUGACAUCGCGGAGUUCUUCCGCCAGUUCGGGCCCCUGGAGAAGGUCGAGCUGGUGCGGGGCCACGACGACCCCGAGCGCAACGUCGGCUUCUGCUUCCUCUACUACGGGGGCGACGACCCGGAGGCUGCCGCGGCGCGGGCCGUGGAGGUGGACGGGGUGGAGUUCCGGGGGAAGUCGCUCACCGUGAGGCUCGACGACGGGAGGAAAGGGAGGGCCAGGGCGGAGGAGCGGGCGCGCUGGGUCGAAGCUGGGGUGGCCCGGGAGGCUCGCUCCCCGUGGCACAAGGGAAGGGAGGACGCGUGCCGUGAGUUCCGGAGAGUGCUGGAGUCGCGGCCCGAGGACUGGCAGGCUGUCGUCUCCGCUUUCGAGCGGAUUCCCAAGCCAUCAAGGAGGGAAUUUGGUCUGAUGGUUGUGUAUUAUGCCAAGCGAGGUGAUAAGCAUCACGCUCGUGCAACAUUUGAGAACAUGAGAGCAAGAGGAAUAGAGCCCAAUGCAUUUGUCUUCACAAGCCUUGUUCACGCUUAUGCAGUUGCUAGAGAUAUGCGUGGGGCACUGUCAUGCGUUGAGGAAAUGAAAUCUGAAGGCCUUGAAAUGACAGUUGUUACUUAUAGUAUCCUUAUUGCAGGAUAUGGCAAAACUAACGAUGCUGAAUCUGCAGACAAGUUGUUCAAAGAGGCUAAGACCAAGCUUGACAACCUAAAUGGAAUCAUAUAUAGCAACAUUAUACAUGCUCACUGCCAAUCUGGGAAUAUGGAUCGAGCUGAAGAGCUGGUCCGUGAAAUGGAAGAGGAUGGCAUUGAUGCUCCUAUCGAUGUUUAUCACAGUAUGAUGCAUGGAUAUACUGUUGCCCAAGAUGAAAAGAAAUGUCUAAUUGUGUUUGAAAGGCUGAAGGAGUGUGGCUUCAGACCAUCUAUAAUAUCUUAUGGUUGCCUUAUUAAUCUGUAUGUUAAGAUUGGGAAGGUUCCAAAAGCCUUAGCUGUUAGCAAAGAGAUGGAAUCACAUGGCAUCAAACAUAAUAACAAAACUUACUCUAUGCUGAUCAAUGGAUUUAUCCAUCUGCAUGACUUUGCAAAUGCUUUUAGCAUUUUUGAGGACAUGAUAAAAUCAGGUUUGCAGCCUGAUCGUGCCAUAUACAAUUUGCUGGUAGAAGCAUUUUGUAAGAUGGGAAAUAUGGAUCGAGCUAUUCGCAUAUUCGAAAGAAUGAAGAAGGAACGAAUGCAACCAUCAAAUAGAACAUUCAGGCCUAUCAUAGAAGGAUUUGCAGUUGCUGGAGAUAUGAAAAGGGCUCUCGAUACCCUUGACCUAAUGCGGCGAAGUGGUUGUGCUCCUACUGUAAUGACUUAUAAUGCUCUCAUCCAUGGGCUAAUUAGGAAGCACCAGGUUGAAAGAGCUGUUUCUGUACUUGACAAGAUGUCUAUUGCUGGCAUUGCACCAAACGAGCAUACAUACACAAUCAUUAUGAGAGGUUAUGCUGCUAGUGGAGAUAUUGGGAAGGCUUUUGAGUAUUUCACCAAAAUCAAAGAGAGUGGCCUAAAGCUCGAUGUGUACAUUUAUGAAACAUUGCUGAGAGCCUGUUGCAAAUCAGGAAGGAUGCAAAGUGCCUUAGCAGUUACAAGAGAGAUGAGCUUUCAGAAGAUACCAAGGAAUACAUUUAUAUACAAUAUUUUGAUUGAUGGUUGGGCUCGGAGAGGAGAUGUCUGGGAGGCAGCAGAUUUGAUGAAACAAAUGAAAGAGGAUGGAAUCCCUCCUAACAUCCAUACAUUUACCUCCUACAUAAAUGCAUGCUGUAAAGCAGGAGACAUGCAGAGAGCGGAAAAUGUGAUUCAAGAAGUGGCAGAUGUUGGAUCGAAACCUAAUAUCAAGACAUACCACAUUCAUGAAGGUUGGGUUAGAGUGUCACUUUCAGAGUUCAGGAGAUGAAAUUAGCUGAGCUUAAGCCAGUAGAGGCUGCUUAUCAGUGCUUGGUGACCUCACUUCUCUCGAGGGCAACCGUGUCUGGAGGGAAGCACCUACACAAGAAUCUUGAGUGUCUGUAGGGAAAUGUUUGGGAAAGAUUUGACUGUUGACCUGCGCAUUGCUAUUCAUUGAUCAAAAUGGCUUCACAAGAUUGAGAGGACAGGAGGGGUACUAACAGAAGCACUUCAGAGAACAUUCCGCCUGAUUGGAAUUCAUCAGAAAAUUUGGAGGCUUUGAAUUUUGUUAGUGACAGAGAUUCUGACUUUCCGAGUCUUGCAGUGAUUCAGACUUUAGUGAUAAUGAAAGGGAUCAUGACAUUGAUGACUUGUGAAAUUAUAUCAAGACAGUUUGAACCUUUCUGCGAUCCCUUACUAUUACUUCAGUGCCAGAGUUAAACUAUCAAGGUAUGCCGUGCACAUUUUGUGCUUAAUAUAUCUCAACCCUUGUUGUCAUCUUUGUAGAAGUAUGGUAUGCAUAUCAUUCGUGAGUUGACGGUAAGUUCUAUAACAAUCAUUGUUGAAAGAGAAGUCUGCCAAUAAUGAUCACUGAUUGCAAUAGUUUCACAUUCUAAGACUUGUAAUUCGAUUCCAGGCCACAUCUAAAACUAUCAAUGUUCAAAUUGACCAGUGUUUCUGAUGAAUCCCUAUUCCCUCACAUUACUGGCUACUGCUUGUGGCCUGCCAAGAGGAGGGUUUGGAAUCUAUUGUGUUUUUCAGCCUGAGUUGUCUGUCCUCUGCCGCAUUUCUUCAAGAGACGCAGGCCGUCAGUAAUCGUUCUGAGUGGGCUGAAGACACUGACUGUCAGUGCAACAGACAAAGGUUCAGUUAUGUAUUUAGCUGUACAGAUCAGUGACUCCUCUAGUACAGAAAGAUUUUGCACUUCCUCUGUUGCUUGUGGCAAAUCCCUUCAGAGCACAGAGUUUGGGUGGAGUUGGAUACUGAAAUACAAAAGUGGGGUAUGGCUGAAGUUCUUGGAUGUAUCCAACAGCAGGCUAUGGCCGGAAAAUCGGAAAGGGGAAACAGACCGGGGGUAUUUUUGCUUGUACAUGAGAAACUGGAAAUCACACGACAGGAGGGCAGCGAUCCCAGUUUUUUUCUGGAAAAAUGUUGACUUCGAGCUCAGAGGAGUGGAGCCGUUAAUUGUUUCAAAAGCUAGCGUUAAUGGUAGCCGUGUAUGGUGGCGUUUAUUUGGUAAUAUUCUACUUGCUCAUUUGGUGUAACUUGUGAAUCAUUUUCAUCACUCUACUAAACUACUUCCACUGUUUCAAAAUAUGCUACAAAUUUAUUUGUUGGGAGUUGUUAUAAGAAUAGUCCCA